AUGGACGACUCGGAGCCGACUCCGCUGCAUCUGCCCCAGAAUCUCCCGUAUCCUCUUAAGAUCACCUCUCUCAACGCUGCUCAAAAUGCAACCGUAGACCGCAAGUCCCGUCUCCUCGAAUAUUCCUUUGUUUACUCUCCUCCCGGUCCAGAACAACUCCCCGAAACCAGAUUUGGCACUUGGGAUUCCACCCUUGACGGUGUCGUCAAAGCUUGGAAUCUCAAAGUCGGCGAUGUUGUAACUAGAAAGAAGGCUGCUGAAUCUCCAGCAAUCUUCGUCGUCGAGCCGUGCAAGCAUGAAAUACAGAUCAGCGGCCUCUGCGCCCUUUGCGCGAAGGAUAUGACCAUUGCCGACUAUCUAGACGUGUCAGAUACCUCUCGUGCUAACAUCCAGAUGACCCAUUCCGCACACGGCCCUACCGUGUCUCUCGAAUACGCCAAGCGUCUCGAGCGCGAAUCGGCUGACCAUCUUCUCAAAUCCCGCAAGCUUUCUCUGAUUGUCGAUCUCGACCAAACUAUCGUCCAUGCUACAGUCGACCCAACCGUGGGUGAGUGGAUAAACGAGGGUCUCGCCUGGGAGGCCAGGCAGGCCAAGAAGGCUUCUACCACCCCGCCCGACGACGGUGCUCCAACCGCUAAUGAUGCCGACGACGACGACGAGUGCAACCCCAACUGGGAGGCUCUCAAGGACGUCAAGAGCUUCAGGCUCGGUCCAGAGUCCUUUGGGCCCCUGGCCGUACGCAGUGCACAUCGCGGAAAGGGCAAGAACAAGAUGGUCGAGACUGAAGGGUGUAUGUAUUACAUCAAGCCUCGACCCGGUUGGAAAGAAUUUCUACGUGAGACUGCCACCAAGUACGAGAUGCAUGUUUAUACGAUGGGAACCAGAGCAUAUGCGGAAGAAGUCUGUGCUGCAAUUGAUCCGGAUGGAAACAUUUUCGGAGGUCGACUGCUAAGUAGAGACGAGAGUGGAAAUGACUUUUUUGUCGGAAUUGGCGACAUCAACUCGUCGUUCCUUCCCAAGAUUGAGCCGCUUACGCCUGUGCUAAAUGUGCCCCAGGCAACUCCAACAGCAAGCAUAAAUGGGUCUUCUACUUCUCCAAUACCCAACAACAACGCUAAUCCAGUAACACCUGAUGUACCCACUACUGUAGCUGCAGACGGGGAAAUAUCAGAACUCGAAAACGCCAUGUUUACGCAGAAUAAUGCUGCUCUCGAUGCCCAACUAGAAGAACGGCCGUUAGCCAAGAAGGAGAAGGAGCUUCAAGAGCACGAAAUACAAGAACAGCAAGCCGCUGAGAAAACACCGACCCCCCCAGAAACGCCAGCUAGCGUCGAGAAGCUUCCUACGCCAACGCCGUCACCUAAGCCAGAGAAAAUGCACAAGAAGGCGCUACUAAAGAACGACGACUAUGAAUUAGAGCGAAUAGGCAAACUGCUAAAUGAGGUUCAUACGAGGUUCUUUACGGCCUAUGACACUCGUCGCGCGAAUGAGAACGCUAAAGCAAAGGCUGCGGCUGCUAAAGCAUACGACGUCACGCGCAUUAUCCCUCGGAUACGAUCAGAAGUAUUCGAAGGUGUCCAUAUCCUCUUUUCGAGUGUAAUCCCUCUGGACACCAAGCCAGAAACGACCGAAAUCUGGCGGAUGGCUCAUAUGUUCGGAGCCCAGUGCUCGACGGAAUUGACAAGUAACAUCACGCAUGUCGUUGCUGCAAAGCGUGGGACCGUUAAAGUGGACAUGGCACGGAGGCGAGGGGGAAUCAAGAUAGUUUGGCUCGCGUGGUUCACUGAUUCUAUAGCGCUGUGGCGAAGACAAGACGAGAAGCCGUAUCUGCUCGACGACCCGCCUGUGGUAAUCCCCGCCUCGAGUCCAACCACGGAAUACCACCAACUCUCCUCGGACCUCGACAUCGACUCGGACGACUGGGACCAGGAGCCGCCAGAGAUGAAGGAAACCGGACCCCUCCACCUCGAAGCCAUCAACUGGGAUGACAUCAACGAUGAAGUCGAAGCUGCCAUGAACGAAAGCGACGACGAAUACGACGAAUAUUACGCUGCUUUCAAAAGCGGCAACGUCUCGGAAGACGACACCACGGACGGGGGUGCGAAUAAUACCUCGCAGACGAUGACGACAAGGAAGCGGUUUCGGAGCGCGACGCCGUCUGAUGGCGGCGGCGGCAACGACGAGUACUUAGGGACCGGCUCACGGAAACGGAUGCGGAGCAAAACGCCGUCGGAUGCGGGGAGCGACUAUGGCUCGCCGCUCGCUAGGCGGAAGAAAGCGGCUGCUGGGCGCACGGGGUACUCCAAGCUCAAGGAGGGGAUCACAGCGGAUGACAUUGAAGGCGGCGACGCUGUCACGAAUGAUGUCAAUGAGAGCGGCAACGGUACUGCCCUGCCGGACGCGCAAGGCUCGUCGCCUGCUGCGUACGACGAGGAGGAGGAUGGAGAGGAUGAUGAUGAGGAAGAGGAGGAGGAAGAAGACGAUUUCUUAGCUCGCGAGCUGGAGGAAGAGUGGGGAUAG